AUGUCUCAAGCGUCAUCAUCCUCCAACCUCUAUGCCUCGACGUCGCGAUGGCAGCCGACUCGUUUCAUCUCGCCCAUCGCCACUCCCUCCGUCCCCUCUGUACCUUCGACGCCAAUGCCUCCGGUAAUGGCAGAGGGUCGAUGGCGACACCACGCCAUCCCAUCACCAGCGCUGCCAACGCAGCCUUCGCUAUUCGGCACCCCGCUCGCACCGCCGCCGCCUGCCCAACAGCGUACUUCGUCGGUUGGACCAAUUCGGUCUCAACCCCUAAGGGCAAGGCAAGCGGCACAGCCCGGCGCUACCUUUAGGUGGAGCGCUAAAAGGUAUUUUUUGACGUACGCUCAGAUUGGGGACCGACCAUCCGACAUGGUCAGGGAGUUCUUCGAGAACUGUAACCCCAAACCAUCGACGUGGAAGGUGGCAGUGGAAUCCCACCAGGACGGUGGGAAACACUGGCACGUCAUCGUCCAAUUCGACCAGGCGAUCCGAUCUCGUAGAGCGGAUCUAUUCGACAUUGAUGGACUGCAUCCGAAUGUCGUCACGCUUAAAUCUCAUCGCGACCUCCUUACGCGAUGGGAAUAUAUCCAUAAGGAGGAGGGAGCCGAGAUCUUCGGACCAUGGCAGGGACCAUCAGGUAAUGCCGAGGUCCAGGACCUCAAGGAGGGGAAGCGUGACGAACGCUUCGUCUAUAUCCGCUCCGCGACCACUAGGGACGACUUCGAGGACCGUGCCAAGGAACUCGCCCCGUACGAAUGGAUUAUCCACCAUGACAAAUUUAUGUCAUUCGCGGAUAAACACUGGAAGGCUCAACGACCCGCUUACGAGUCGAAAUGGACGGAGUUCCCACGUCUGCCAGCCACGUUGGCAGAAUGGGCGUCAGGUGAGAUGAAAAACCCUGACCGUCCUAAGACCCUAUGCGUAUGGGGUCCAUCUCGGACCGGAAAGACCGAAUGGGCAAGGUCAUUAGGUCCACAUAUUUAUAUGAAUGGCCAGCUUAACGCCGCCAAAUUAUUUGAAUUGGACGGCGAUCAAGAACCCGAGUACUUGGUACUCGACGACAUGGACAUAGACCGCUUCUGGUCCGUCAAAGAAUUCUUCGGUGCGCAAAAAGAAUUCGAAAUCACGGACAAGUACAUGCGAAAGCGCACAGUGUUCUGGGGUAAGCCAUGUAUUUGGCUCAACAACAAGAACCCCCUCAACACGACGGUCCACGACGUCGAUUGGUUGAAGGCGAACACCGUGGUCUACAACCUAGACCAUCCCCUUUACAACGAUCCAGCGCCACCUAACCCCCCACCAGUAGUACCUACUCCGGACUUAGGUGAGCCCAUCGUAUGGGUGCCGACACCGCCACCUGUACUCCAUCAUCCGCAGCCAAUUGCUGCGCCGACGGUCUAUUUAGAAGACUUGUACCCUAACUGGCCUAGACUUAGAAAUUAG